AGUUCUUGAAGGACGUAGAGCGAAAGAUAAAGAGAGCGUGGCAGCAGAAGGAAGUGGCUGAAAAUAUUCCGAAGUGGCUAGCUAGGUGCUCAAGAGUGCGAGAGAGGAGAUCACAAUACUGAUCAUGCAAAGGGUAGAGACCACGUGAAUUGAUCGAUGCUAAUUAAAGCCGUAUGUCAAAGUCCCGAGACAGAGUAAUAUGCUCACUAGAUCAUGACAUGACCAGCAGCACAAGUAAAGAUUAAUUUUUAAGAAAGCACAGGAAUUGAAGGAAAACCAUGGCCUUCAAUGGCAAGCUUUUGCAACCUCUGCCAGUACUUGGGGUACUGAUCGAGUUGAUGAUUUUAGUAGCAUCAGCAGCAUCUAAACCCAAUUUAAGAUGUGACCGUAGAUGUGGAAGAGUUGAAAUCCCCUACCCAUUUGGAACAAGUGAGGGCUGUUACCUUGACUCAACAUUUCUCAUCACUUGUAACAACACAUUCCAACCUCCAAAACCAUCUCUAGUCCCUGAUAUGUUUGUCGAGAACAUAUCAGUAUUGGAUGGUGAACUGCGAGUCUCAAACCCCGUAGCCAGUCUUUGUAAAGUCCUCGAGCGCAAGAGCAACAAGAAACGAAAGGCUGAACAAAGCUUUGUAGGGGAUCGUUACAACAGAUGCAUCUCCGAUCACCGGCAGCCUAUUAGUGUCGACUACAGUGGCAACUCUGCCUUGUUCAAGCUUUCAAAUUUUCGCAUCUCAAAUAAGAGGAACAAGAUCACUGCCGUGGGUUGUGGCGUUUAUUCGUUUAUUCAAGGCUCUGUGGAACAAAAGGGCUUCACUACUGGAUGCUUAUCACUCUGUAACUUCAAUGCCAGCGAUGUGGUUAACGGGUCAUGCUCUGGUAUUGGCUGUUGUCAGACUUCUAUCCCGCAAGGAGCGACCGAAUUUCAUCUAAGUGUUCGGAGCUUGAGCGACAACACGACAACUCUUGCCAAUAGUGAAUGUGCUUACGGCUUUAUAGUGGACGAAAAAGCAUACAACUUUUCAUCCUCGGAUUUCUCAGAUUUACUGUAUAGAAAGACUGUACCCCUGGUGCUUGAUUGGGCAGUUGGGAAUGAGACAUGCGAAGAUGCUAAGAAAAAUAUGUAUAGCUACGCAUGUAAGGCAACGCAUAGUUAUUGUUACAAUUCCAACAACGGCCCUGGGUAUCGUUGCAAUUGCUCCGAUGGUUAUCAAGGGAACCCAUACCUCUCUGUUGGACCUGACAGCUGCCAAGAUAUCGACGAGUGCAAUUCGCUUGAGAAACCUUGCGCUGGUAAUGCAACAUGCAACAACACUGAUGGAAAUUACACAUGUACUUGUCGACAUGGGUACGAAGGAGAUGGGAGGAUGCCACCCGGAAUAGGUUGCAGACCUAGAGAAAGCCAAUCUAGAAUUAUUGCUAUUGUACUCGGUGCUAGUGCAGGCCUUGGGAUGUUAUUUCUACUUAUUGGUGGAUGGGUGUCAUACAAAGUGGUAAAGAAAAGGAAAAGUAUUGAACGUAGGCAAGAAUUCUUUAAACGAAAUGGCGGACUAUUGUUACAACAACAAAUAUCUCAAAGUGAUAUGAAUGUUGAGAACACGAAAUUAUUUAAUUCAAAGGACUUGGAGAAAGCCACUGACCAUUUUAAUGUUAAUAGAAUACUCGGUCAAGGAGGACAAGGCACUGUUUACAAAGGUAUGUUAGACGAUGGAAGAAUUGUUGCUGUGAAAAAGUCAAAGAUAACUGAUGAAGGAAAGCUUCAAGAAUUCAUUAAUGAAGUUGUUGUUCUUUCACGAAUUAAUCAUAGGAACAUUGUUAAACUACUAGGUUGUUGCUUGGAGACAGAAGUGCCUUUACUAGUGUAUGAAUUUGUUCCUAAUGGAACUCUCUCAAAAUAUCUAAGUGACCAAAACGAAGAGUUUCCACCAACAUGGGAUAUGCGCUUACGAAUUGCCAUAGAAAUCGCAGGAGCUCUCUAUUAUUUACACUCAGCAGCUUCAUUACCCAUUUACCAUCGAGACAUUAAGUCAACGAACAUUCUCUUAGAUGAUAAGUACAGAGCAAAAGUAGCAGAUUUUGGGACUUCAAGAUCCGUUGCUAUUGAUCAAACUCACUUGACUACAGUAGUGCAUGGAACUUUUGGAUACUUGGAUCCUGAAUAUUUUCAGUCAAGUCAAUUUACAGAAAAGAGCGAUGUUUAUAGUUUUGGUGUUGUCCUUGUUGAGCUUUUAACCGGAGAAAAAGCUAUCUCUUUGACAAGGGCACCAGAAGCCAAAAGUUUAGCCACACAUUUUAUUUACUCGAUGGAAGAAAACAAUUUGUUUGAUAUUCUUGAUAAACGAUUUUUGAAGGAAGCUGUAAAAGAAGAGCUUAUUACAGUCGCAAACCUUGCAAAAAGGUGCCUGAACUUGGAUGGGAAGAAACGACCAACGAUGAAAGAAGUCACAAUGGAGUUGGAGGCAGUACAAAUAUCAAAAAAAGUUUCAAGCCUUGAAAUGUGCGAAGGAGAUGAUAGGCCUACUACAGAGGAGGUGGCAAUGAUGCUGGAUGGACUAAGAGGUAAGGAAAAGCAAACAAGGAAAGAAGCUAAUCUCAAUACAGAAAAGAGUAAGUAUUUGCUUAGUGCAUCCACACAUGACUCUUUAAGCAUUGAUGUUGGGGUUGGCUGUUCUUCCAUAAGUACCACCGAUAGUAUGGGAAAUCAAGCACUCAAACCAACAAAUGAUGGCAGAUAAUCCAUUAGUCCUUAAAAGCCUCAAUCAGCAAGCAUCUUCCUCCAAAUCAAUGGAUGAUGGUAGAUAAUUUCGGUCUCUUUGCACGUAGUGUUUAAGUUUUCUCCACCUAGAUCUUUUUGUAUGUUCAAAGUUUGCUCUCAAGGUCUGAUUUGCAUUACUAAGAGCUUUUGUAGGUACGUGUGAGCAAGUCCAGUACUAAUGGUCAAUUAGGUGUCCGCUUUGAGAGUAGUCCUAAUUUCAACACGUAUGUUCCAAGUUUUAUUUGUGAA